GCGGUGUGGGGUUUUGAAAUCGCGCGACAAAACAUACGGAUAAAAUAUUUGUUUUUUAGUUAGGUGGUGUUUUGCGUCUUUUCAGUGCUAGCUUCUGUUGUCAAAGGUCACGUUUUCUUAAAUUUCUGGCCUCAGAGGUUUUUGAUUUCCUAGAAGCACCAGGGGAGAAGGUGACGUCACACCACCGCCACCAUGCCAGAGAACGUGGGCUCGCCUUAUGCGCCGCUGGAGGGCCUCUAUGAGCUCCACGAGACAAUCGGUUCGGGCGGCUUCGCCAAGGUGAAGCGGGCCACCCACCUGGCCACGGGAGAGCAGGUGGCCAUCAAGAUCAUGGACAAGAAGCAGCUCGGGGUGGAUCUGCCGCGCGUCUACCUGGAGAUCACGGCCAUGAAGGAGCUGACCCACCAGCACAUCGGCAAGCUGUACCAGGUGCUGGACAGCGAGCUGAAGAUCUUCCUCGUCAUGGAGUACUGCCGCGGCGGCGAGCUGUUCGACUAUAUCGUGGAGCGUGACCGUCUGACGGAGGAGGAGGCUCGCGUGUUUUUCCGUCAGAUCGUCUCGGCCGUGGCCUACAUUCACCACAAGGGAUACGCCCACCGCGACCUCAAGCCGGAGAACCUGCUGCUGGACGACGACAACCGCCUGAAGCUGAUCGAUUUCGGCCUCUGUGCCAACCCCGAGGGCGGCAUGCAGGCCCACCUGGAGACCUGCUGCGGCUCGCCGGCCUACGCGGCGCCCGAGCUGGUCUCCGGCCUGCAGUACCUCGGAGCCGAGGCGGACAUCUGGAGUAUGGGCGUGCUGCUCUACGCCCUGCUCUGUGGCUUCCUGCCCUUUGACGACGAGAAUAUUGCCAACCUCUACAAGAAAAUACAGGCCGGUGUGUACCAGAAGCCCGAGUGGCUGUCUGAGGGCUCCCUGCGCCUGCUGGACCAGAUGCUGCAGGUGGAACCCAAACAUCGGAUCGUGGUUUCUGAGCUGCUGACCCAUCCCUGGCUCACGGCUGGAACAGGGCUGCCCGUCGAGUGGAAGAGCUACUUCCAGUCACGUCAGCCGGACGAGGACGUGGUGACGGCGAUGGCGGUCUCCGGGGGCCGCAGCCGCGCCUGGAUGGCGCGCCGUCUCUCCCAGUGGAGUUAUGAUCACACCACUGCCACCUACUGGCUGCUGCUGGCCGCCAAACGACGAGGGGAGCCCGUCAGACUGGCUGCGGCGCAGCAGAUGCCUCCGCCUCCUCCGUCUGCCGCGGCCGGCCGCGCCACCCUCCAGGAGCUCACUUCCGCCGGUCUGCCCGGUCUGGUGCCGCUGGGGGACUCCCCGCACGGGCGGCCACAGUCGCUGGACACGGCGCUGGACGCGCUGGAGCAGCGCCGGGGCCUGGAGCUGGAGCUGGACCAGCGCCGCCGUCAGGAACAGGAGGAGGAGGAGGCCAUGGAGACGCUCCUCAGCCUCAAACCCAUCGAGAUGGAGCCACUGCUGGAGCGCAGCACCGGCCGCGGCUCCCAGCGUGGCCGGGGCAGUCAGCGGAGGAAACGAGCCACACCGCCCCGACCCUCGCCGACUGAGAACAAGGAGAACGACUUUCUGCAGCCCAAGGCGCCGUCACCCAGCAAAAAGACCAAGCGACGCGCCGGUGAGACGCCGUGUAAGCUGUCUCCGUCCCGGUCGGUGGAGUCAGCCCUCGACCCCGCCUUCAAGACGCCACAGAGGAGGCCGCGCCCGCAGUCGGAGAAUUUCCGCACACCAGAUUGCGGCUCCAAGUCCUCCGCGGUGCCCCGGACGCCCAUCUCGGGACGGAAGGUGUUCGGCUCCAUCGAGAAGGGUCUGGAAAUGAAGAACAUGUUGACGCCUCGGAAACGCACCCAGGUGGCUGGACCGGCCGGCGCUCAUCGAUACCAAG